UCCGCUACGGUACGCAAAAUAUGUGUAGGUAACGAAUUUUAAGAUGCCAAUAAAAUAAUAAUAAAGGGAAGAUUAACGUUUUGUUACGCUCAAAAUCAGUAAUAAUGUCUUCAAGUGAUAAAAAGAGAUCAAGAAAAUCUAAGUUGGUGCCCCGAACUUUUGUGGAAGUGGAGAAUGACGGAAUCGAGGUUGUGCAGGCCCAGAAGACGGCAGCAGCAGUGGCCUUUGAAGUGGAUGUGAAGGUGGAGUCCGGAGAUGAUGAUGACGAUGACUGGUGCAAAAAGCUUGAGGAGGAGGCGACGGCGGGCCGCGCGGGCGACGACGCCCCUCCCCCGGAAACACCUGUCAGUGCCGAGGACACACAUCCUCUCGACCACUUCAGGGAGAACCACCCCAACGUCUCCACCUCGCUGGUGCAGUUCUGGUGCAUCAAGCUAGAGAGACUCAUCGCUGACUGCCACGUCGCCAUCCACACCUUCCAAGUCUGCAAGAAGAGAAACGAAGUCCUCUACUACUGUGACACAUGCUCAAGAUACUUCGACGUGCAGCUUAGUUUCAAACAACACUUCUUUAAGCACAAAAAGGUUUCCACCUACCGAGUGAUACCGCAGGUCACCACGCGCCAGCUCGUGCUCACGGCCGUCGAGGAGAACAAAGAUGAAGAUGAAGACGACAUCAAACGAAGAAUGUAUCUCGAUUUCAUAACGACCGCCGUGGGCGCUGUUGGUAAAAAUGAAUGUUGGACGUAUCAACCACUCAAGAUCCAUUAUUACAAAUGCUAUGUUUGUUCCAAAAGCUUCGAGCAUCUGCGGCCAUUCAUCGAGCAUUUGCUGGCUUAUUAUGGACAUGAAAAUACAGUUUUCGCAGUUGAAAGAAUCCUCCAAAGCAACCUGUUCUAUGUGAAGGCGAAACUACCGCACCAAAAAGAAACACAAGAGAACUUCCCUCUCUACUCCGCCAACUUUGCACGGCUAAUGAAGUGCCUUAUGUGCAGAGAAGGAUUCGAAAGCCAAGCCGCAUUGGAUAAGCAUCAGAAUCCUAUUAAAGUGGACCCGCUGCAGGUCGGGCCAGUGGUGAACGGGGACUGCGUUUACGAAGCCCUAGCGAUCCGGAGGACAACCGAAGCUAGAUUUACAUGCGGUUGUGGACAGUUACUGAUGGAGAGCCUUAUAGAGGAGCACAGAGCGGUGUGUAAUCUGGGGGCGUCGUUGCCGCUAGUGUGCUGCGUGUGCAAGUACACAACGAAGAAGCCGGGGGAGCUGCGGCUGCACCAGAUGGAGCGGCAUACUGUACGCUCGGACGAGUUCCUGCUGCAGCGGCUGACGCAGUGCGGCUGCCUGGCGCGCUACUGCGGCAAGCGCGCCAGCCACCACUGCCCGCUGCGCAAAGACUGCGUGGCCUGCAAGGACUGCGAGCUCACGUUCCAGAACGAGCUGUUUCUGAGAGUGCACAGAAUGGCGACCCAGUUCGGGCAACGCUGCGAGCUAUGCGGCGUGUUCCUGCCGCGCUCGUGCAUGCUCGCGGAACACCGGGCGCUGCGGCACGACGGCGGCGCGCUGCCCGCGUACAGCUGCCCGCGCUGCCGCCACACAUACCUCGACCGCGAGGUGCUGUUCGAGCAUAUAAACCAGGCGCACAAGAGUAUGAAGCCGAGGUAUUAUAAGAGUCUUGUCCCAUGGAAGAGAGUUGUGAUUAAAGAUUUAAAUAGCCCUGUGGAGAUACUGAGCGAUAGUGAAUACCCGGCUCCGUGGAGCUUCAUCCCAAGUCUGUUCCCCGAAGCCAUGACGUCGCUCGUAGCGGACGAUGAUGACGCUGACAGCAACACACGUGUACGAGGCAUCACCGAACUAGUCAGGAAGCUGAACAAAAUUAAAAAGGAAAACUCUGUUCCCACCGAUAAUGUUGACAAAGACAGAAAUGAUGUCUGGAAAUCUAUGCUUAAACUGAAAGCUAAAAAUACAGAAGUGCCGAAAGUUACGAUCCACAUACCAGGCAUAUCUGAAUUAGUGAAGAAGUUGAAGAAAAGAAAACAUGAAUUAAUAUCUGAAGCCACGGAUGGUCAAGACAGAGCUAAAACUAAUACACCUGACAAAGACAUUGAUGACAGUGUUAAUGAAGAGAGCAGUAUUGUAAUUGCUAAACCAGAAACAGACCACGAUUAUUUUAAAGUCCAGAUCAAGGAGGAAAAUAUUGAAACAGAUAGUGCAAAUGUUGAUGCAUUUAAAAAUAGAGAUGAAAAAGUACCUAUGGAAGUAAUUGAAAAUAUCGUUUCAAAAGAUAGUGAGACGGAAGAAAAAAGCACAAGUCAAGUUGAGACUGAAAAAAUCACUGUGAAACAGGAAAGCGAUGAAAGUGCUGUACCUUUUGAAUUAGCUAAGGUAAAAACAGAACUAAUUGAAAUGGAAAUAGACGAACAAAUGCCUUCAGAAGAAUUUUUAGUAAAUUUAAAAUCCGAAGUAGAACAAGACACAGGAUUAUCCAACGUAUUCCAGCCAUCCGAAAAAUUUAGAUACACCAAGACUACCAAACCCCAAGAACCCGAAACCAUAAGAAUCAAAGCCGAACCCGUAGACCUAGAAGAAGAGAGGAUAAUCUUACAAGAACUCGAGUACGACGACACCGCCGAGUCUAUAGACGACUUCAUACAGAACAACUCCGAGAUCACAACGAUGGAGAUCAAGCCCGAGAUCUACUACGAGAGCGACGACAGCCCCACGAAGUCGCAGCCGAAGCGAUACCCGCGCGUGCCGGUCGAGCCGCUGGUGCUGACCUGCUCCAAGUGCGGGGCCACCUUCAUGGAGCUCAAGCUGUAUCUCAACCACACGGCCGUCCACGGGAACCCCAAGCUGUCCUGCCCGGACUGCCACCAGCCCAUGGACACUAUGAGCAAACUGCGCAUGCAUGUCCUAGUCCAUGUCAGGAGGAACUACGUCCCCGUCUACACAAUACACCACGAGGACGACUCGGACUCCAAACUGACGUUCAGUUGCAACAAGUGUGGCGGCGUCGUGGAUAAGGAAUACUUCUGGUCGCACUGGGAGACUCAUCUGGUCUUUGGAGAGGUUAAAAAGCCAGUUAAAGCCGCUACAGCGGAGCCAGAAGAAAAUGAAGAAGAGGAGGAGGAUGAUGGCUUGAAAGCGUACCCGGGGGACCAUCAACCGGGGGUCGACCUUCUACCGGAUGUGAUGACUCUACUCAUUAAUUUGCUCCAGUCGAUUACGGGAACUAUGAAUGAAAAGUUCUGCAUAGUCUGUGAGAAGUUUUUCAUGAGAAAUUACGAUCUCAAAAGGCAUAUUAUAGAGCACAUGUUGAAGGAUGCGAGGGCGAAUUGGCCGAAAAACGGAAAGGCUCUCGCGUGUCAAAUAUGCAAUGCUAAAUAUAAGAAGUCUCACCUGUACAAGUUGCACAUGCGGGGCCACGGCAAGCUGCCGAUAUACAAGUGUGAAAUGUGCACGAAAAGUUUUGGCGAUUCGAGCAAUUUCGCCAAACAUAAGAAGAUACAUGGGCUGCAGACGAUGCACUGUGACAUGUGCAGUCGCAAGUACAGGAGCAAGGAAAUGCUCAUCAAACACAUCGAGCGGCACGCGCGCCAAGCCCCGCAGAAGUGCAAACUCUGCGAUAGAUCGUUCUCGUUCGCCAACGAACUCAAGAAACACAUGAAAUUGAAACACGUGACGGGCUCCAAGAGCUAUGCGUGCGGGAUCUGCGGCGAACGAUACCCGAGCAUCAAGGAGAAGUGGGACCACGAGUUCGCGGUGCACGGCGAGACCAAGCGCCAGUUCAACUGCGAGUAUUGCCCAGAAAAGUUCCGACUACAAAGACUAUACAAACAACAUCUCAACCAAGCACACAAAAAGGCGUUGGUGAUACCGGCAAAAACGAACAACAGGUCGCUGUUGCGUCGCAAUGCAGUCAUACAAAAUGUUGCUAUGCCUCCUGGGCCGCUAUUUUAUAUCAAGUGUCCGUUUUGUGAGGAGAUUUUCAAGCAGAAAGCGGAGUAUUAUAUUCAUGUGACGCGUGUUCACGAGGCGCAGCCCACGGAGGUAAAACAGACGGGUGGCGUGGAGGCGCAAGUGGACUCGGAUGAUGAUAGAUUGAGUAUUGAUAUGGAUAAAGUGAAACAGGAGGCGUCGAGUGAAUCUGAAAAUGAAGAGUUACGUAGGGCUGUCAGGCUAAUAAUGUGAAUGAAUUGAAUGCACUAACUUGCGGGUUAGGUAGAGCAACUUUUCACCAGUGCUACGUUACUGCCCGCCAAUGUAAUAGGGACAAGGCCUAUUGCCAUUGAUAAGUGUAAUAGUUUUUAUAUUUAUGUUACCUUGAAUAAUUCUGUAAAUCACUAAUUUAGCAAUGAUAUUUUGCUUGCAAUAAAUCAUAAUAAGUUGUAAAUCAUGUGUUUUCCAAUGUGUUAAUGAAUUAAAGGUAUGCUGCGCCAGAGUGCCUCUCAAAAUGAGAAAAUUAAAUGAUGUAUUCUUAAAAAGAAUUAAGCUUCUAUAUGUUUGCUGUAUGUACAAGAUCAAGUACUAACUGUGAUAGAGUGAAACUAACUUUGAGCCAAUCACAAUGUCAUCUGUGUGAAUUUAUUAGGUACUUGGAUGAUGACUUGAUGUUACUUUUACAUAGGUUAGGUUAGGUUAUGUUAAGGCUGAAUAUUUUUUAUGAUUUGAUUGAUAUUGAAAAAAUGGCUUGCUGCCCCAUUUAUCUUUUUGAUAGUGGUGGGAGGUAUGUAGCUACGUGUACGCUUACAGACAACAUUAUGCUGCUAUCUAACUUGGCUAUUCGUAUUUUCCAAAACUUAUUGCCGUAUUUGCAUAUAAGUUAACUAUUUGGUAAACAUAGCAAAUGGAAGUUUUGGCAAAUACGCAAAUGCGAAUAGUGAAGUAGCAGCAUUAAAGUGUAUUCUAAUCAAGGCAUUACCUUUCCUACUGAGCUUUAUUCCCUAUCUGAAAAUAUUAUGGAAGAACUAAAUUUUGAUAAAAUCCGAAAUGUACCUGUAACCCUGAUUUAUAAAUGAUAAAUAACAUGUUAGUUUUUAAGAUCAAUUAAUUUUACUUUAACUACUUUUAUGUAUUGUAAUGAACGUUUGAUUAUUUUAAUAUACUUUUUGAAGUAUGAAAA